UAAAGUCUAUGGACCAGUUAUGUUAAUGAAAGUUGUUAAUUACUUUAAACAGAAUGGUGAAUUCUGAGGAAGAAGCAGCUGGUGUGUUGAGCCACUUCUAACUGAGGACUGAAAAUGCCAGCAGUUGAAAGUGAGGCAAAGGCAAAAACCAAAGUCCGCUUUGAGGAAAUCUUCAGACGUCAUGCUGGCCUAACAGACACAAAAAAAUCAAAGAAAAAGAAGUUUGAGUCUCAAGAGAAUAUUGUGCUUGACACCUUUAGAAGUAAUAUUGAUCUAGCUAAGGAAAGUGUGAAUGAUGAAGCAAUUAUAAACAACACAUAUAAUCCUGAAGAAGAGAGUCCCCGAUUUACAAAAAAUAAACUGAGAGAGAAAGCCUCAAUUGCAGAGAAAAUAAACAAUGAUAUUGUUAGUGGAGAGGAGAGCAAGCAACCAAAGUCUAACAAGAAGAAAAAGAAAUCACUGUUACAAGAACAAUUUAAUGAGGAGGAAGAUUUAUAUGAAGCUAAAUUGGAGAGUUUUGAGAAAAAGACUAAUGAUUUUCCAAAGAAGAAAACAAAAAGUAAAUCACAAACAGAUGUAUCUCAUCAAGAAGGUGAUAGAAAGAUUAAAAAUUCCUUGACUGAAGCGAGAAAUGUAACUGAAUUAGAUGAGGAAGAAGAGCUAAUUCGAGCCUAUCAACUGCAUGUGGCUGAGGAUGAGGCAAAUGCAAUUAAAAAGAAAAUAAGAAUGAAACUUAAAGAACAGAUGUCUGAAUUUACCUCCAGUGUUCAAAGCCAUGAAGUUGUAUUGAACAAUGAAGUGGGCAAAAAGAAGAAGAAGAAGAAAGAAGUAGCAGUUUUAAGUGAAGCUGAAACAAGUGCAAUGUCCCUUUCUGAGCUACAGCAUCAUCCAGCAGAAGAUGGCAAUGAAAAUCAGUCAUUGGAAAGACUAUUUACAUCAGAAGGACAGAAACUGGAGGAAAGCAUGGAAAAACAGAAACCUAAAGCAAAGAAGGUUAAAAAGAAAACCAGAAAAGAAGAAAACACAGAAGUUGCUGCAGAAAAUGAUGAGGAAAUGAAGAAUUCAGAAAUUUCAACUCAGUCUAAAUUUGGUUUUGAUGAUGAUCUUGUGUUGGGAGUUUAUAUCCAUCGAUCUGAUCGACUUAAAACUGAUCUCCUGGUAUCUCAUCCCAUGGUUAAAAUCCAUGUUGUUGAUCUGAGAAGUGGCUUAUAUGUCAAGAAGGAUCAUAGCAAGCGGAAAGUUUCAUCUUAUUAUGAACAAGAACAAAUAGAGCACAUUCUUCCUAUUAUGACGCAACCAUAUGACUUCAGACAGUCUAAAUCAACAGUUCCAGAGUGGGAGGAGCAAGUCAUAUUUAAUGAGCGUUUUAGUUAUUUUAUUCAAAAUACUGAAGAAAGCCCUCGGGUAAUCCUGUUUUUUGAGAUCCUCGAUUUUCUAAGUAUGGAUGAAGUGAGAGCCAACUCUGAUGUACAAAUUCAAGAAAGUGGUUUCCGAAAAAUUUGUUGGGCGUUUCUAAAGCUUGUAGGUGCAAAUGGAGUUCGAAACAUUGAUGGAAAACUUCGUCUGCAGUUAUAUUACCCACCUCCAAGGACCAAGUCACAUUCGAAUGUUAUUGAGGUUUAUGACUGGUGGGCAAAAUGUCCUAGAAAUCGUUACCCAUCAACUUUGUAUGUAACCGUGAGAGGCAUAAAACUGCCAGGUCAUGUUGCUCCUUCUUUCCGCUCUAUGAUAGCUGUUCAGAAAAAGCAGGAACAAAGUAGUGCAACACUGUGUGAGCUCCAGAGAGAGGGAUCUAAAAAAUCAGGUGAACCUUUUCCAGAGGAGAAAAAGGAGCCAUUUAAAUGGACAAGAUUGCCUGGACAGGUUUGCCGCAUACCGAACAAACAUCUGUUUUCACUGCGAGGUGGAGAUAUGGGCUGUUUCUGUAUUCGUUUCUCUCAUGAUGGGAGAACACUGGCAGCAGCAUGUGCAGGAAGGAAUGGCUAUCCCAUUGUUUUGUAUGAAAUUCCUUCUGGACAGUUCCUGAGAGAAUUUUAUGGUCACCUUAACAUAGUGUAUGAUCUUUGUUGGUCAAAAGACAAUCAAUACCUUCUUACUGCGUCCUCUGAUGGCACUGUCAGAAUGUGGAAAAUAGAAAUGCAAGCAGCAUCUGCAGUGAGAGUUUUCCCUCAUCCUUCAUUUGUUUACACUGCAAAGUACCACCCAAUUGCUGACUCAUUGGUCGUGACAGGAUGUUACGACUCAGUAAUUAGAAUCUGGAAUGCAAAUGUGAAAGAAAUCCAUGGGCAACUGCUACAGGAGCUUGAUGGUCACAAAAGUUUCAUCAACACACUUUGUUUUGAUGCAGAAGGGCUCCACAUGUUCUCAGGAGAUAGUUCAGGACUGAUAAUAGUUUGGGAUACAUCUGUCAAAGGGAAUUCUCAACGCCUGUUUCAACACUGGAGGAUUAAUAAGGAAAUAAAAGAAAAUGAUAUUAAAGGAACACCAAUAAAUCAUUUGGAGGUGCAUCCAAAUGGAAGGCGUUUAUUAAUCCACACCAAAGACAGUACCCUGAGAAUCAUGGAUCUCAGAAUCUUGGCUACAAAGAAAUACAUAGGUGCCACAAAUUACAGAGAAAAGAUUCACAGCACCUUAACACCAUGUGGUACAUUCCUGUUUUCUGGAAGUGAAGAUGGAAAAGCUUACGUUUGGAAUCCAGAAACAGGAGAUCAGGUGGCCAUAUAUUCUGAACUCUCCUUCACAUCUCCACUUCGUGAUGUUGCCUUUCAUCCACAUGAACACAUGGUGUCAUUUUGUGCCUUUGGUCAAAACCAGCCAAUACUUGUAUAUAUUUAUGAUUAUAAAGUUGCACAGCAGGAAGCUGAACUUGUAAAAGAUCUCAGUUCAUCAGUUACCACAACCGCACCAAGAGGGCCACAGUUCUUUAGCAGUUUUUCUGAAAUUCCUAUACAAAAAAGUUCAAUGAUGUCUCCGGCAGAUCAGUUUGUCAGUGUUGCAAGAGCAUCAGUGAGAAUGCAGAAGGUGAAGCAAAAACUUGAUUCUGUUAUGGCGAGCUCAAAUCUCUUGCUUCCUGCGCCAUCAUCGCUGUCACCACACUCCAAGCUAAGACUGCCAAGCACUCUGAGCACUCCACUGAAUCCUCUGUAUUCUUUCACUACUAAAAGUGGGUGUUUCAGCCCAGUAGGAAAUCCUCUUAGCCGAACACUAUUGGGUAGACUACAGACGAAUGAUGACUGCCUGACUGCACUGGGGGUGAGAGGAGGAAGCAGUUGUCCACUAGGGCAAGAGAUGGUAGUGGCUCUUUAUGACUACACAGCGCAUCGAUCAGAUGAGCUAACCAUCCAUCGCAGUGACAUUAUCCAAGUGUUAUACAAAGAUAAUGAUAACUGGUGGUUUGGCAGCCUAGCAAAUGGACAGCAAGGCUAUUUUCCAGCUAAUUAUGUGGCUGGUGAAAAAGAAUAUGAAGAACAACCUUCAGGAUUAGUACCAGGUUCUGCUCGUCUCCUACCUGAAGGACCAAGAGAAGGAGAGGAAGAUUCUCCAGCACCACAUGAGAUGUCACCAGUCAUCAGUAAGUCAGGAGACCUAAAAUUUAGCUUGGAGCAUGACACAGAUAGAGGCUCACCUGCAAUACAAGGUGCAAAGAAAAAGAAGAAAAGGGUACAGAAGAACGAGAUAGAAAAUCAGCACAACUUAAUGGGUCUCGAUACUCCUGUAUCAUCAGUUACAGCUAAUGGUGUUGAAAAUGAACCUACAGCCCAUGGGGUGGAAUUGAAGAAGAAGAAAAAGGCAGCAAGAGGCUCAAACGUAAGCACGAAUGGAAAGACAAAUAUUGCCUUUGAGCCUGAAUCCUAUGACGUAUAG